AUGUUCCAUCAACCGCCAGAUAAGCCUCGCGCGACUGGCUUCGAUGAUGAUACGUUUGGGUUUGCCAACCAGGGUUGGGAUAGAUAUGGCUUCGGCAACGUCUCGUCGCCUCCUCCGGCGAUGGCUCCGCAGCCCAUCCAGAGGACCGGACGGGCCUAUUCCACGGCAUCGGUAAUGGACUGGACGCCCGACAUCGACACGACCUUUCACCACCACGGCGAUGGGGUGGCCAUGUCGCCAGUAGAAAAUGUCGAAAUGGAAAGCCUAGGUUCAACUCAAGGAGGGGGAGGGGUUAGCCGCUUGGUCGCGCAAUUCGAGAACAAAGGUUAUGUCCCGCCAUUGCCUCCUCGGCCCAUCAACAACCAGCCGUAUCAACCGCACCAUCUUGGCACCAGCCCUUCAAUGUCGUCGCAGUUUGGCAGCCUGAAUUCUGUAGCCCAUACGCAUAGGAUCUCGAGCCCAGUUGCUAGCUCAGGUGAAUCCCAAUAUGGCUCCCUUGGUGUCCAUUCGCCCCCAACCCCCAGCCCAAUCGGCACCAGCAUGGGCCGCUCCGGCAGUGUGCACUAUGGCAGUUUCCAUGAUACUCAGCAGGUGCAUAGUCCCGGUAUUGGCACGCCAUUCGGAGGUAUGGAUGGGUUCAUGAACUCUACUCGUGUGAAUAGUCCGAUGGUGUCGACACCAAUGGUAUCGACGCCCAUGGUAUCAACGCCCAUGGUGUCCAGCCCGAUGGCUACUCCCGGAGUUCCUGGUACACCUGGAUUCGAAAUAUGGCGACCUCCUCCUUCGAUGACGACCCCCAUCAUCAAAACCGAACCCAUCAUCAAAACCGAACCGAUCUCCAACCCUGCCAAUUUUGGCGGCUAUUUCAGACCUCCCGUGCCAACAACACCAAAGCCGGUUGUAAACGCAGGCAACCAGUUCAUCCUGGAAUUCAACCCCAGUGCCAAAGCCGCCAAAGGGAAGGCCCCAGCGAAACCUCCCAGGCCACGAUUGCCUCCACGGAAACCCACACCAGCACCAGCACCCACUCCCGCCGCUGCCUCAACUCCAGGCCCAAUGUCUCCUCCUCCUAAACCGCCUCGACCUACCGAAUCAUCGUCUUCAUCGACACCUCUCGCUGCAGGUACUAGGCCGUCACGGGAACAGGUUCCUGCAGAGGCUUGGGAGCAAUAUAAGUCCACCAUCAAAACCCUCUAUCUUGAAGAAAGAAAACCAUUGAAAGAAGUCAUGAGCAUCAUGGCCGACAAAUAUGGCUUUCAAGCAACACCCAAGAUGUACAAGACUAGAUUUUCUCAAUGGGGUUUCGUAAAGAACAACACAGAAGAAGAGGUAAAGCGGCUAUUGUCGAUGAAGUUCCAGCGCGAUGCCGAGGGCAAAGUUUCCGAAUUUGUCCGAAACGGCAGAGUGGUAAAUCUGGGUACUUACUUGAAACGAAAAGGAGUGACGGAGUAUGAUUUGGUAGACUUUGAGUUGCCUGCCGAUCUCCCAGCUCAUAUCCGAUGCAGAACGCCAACACCACCUCCAGCGCUUCGGUCUCCAGAUCUCCUUCGCGCACAAGAAGUUGUGGUUGGUAACAUGCGCAAAGCAUUUUUGCACUGUCGGCAGUUUGAAAUGGAGACGGAGACGCAAAUUGGCUGGCCGUCGACCAUGGUUUGGGGAGCCGGAUCAAGCGAACUAUUAGUCGAAGCCAACUUUUAUUUCGAAGCUCGCGACGCAGACCAAGGUGGUGACUACCUGAUGCGGGCUUUCAAACAGCUUGAGGUGGACCUGAGGAAACUUUCACCGCAAGGCAUCAUGGAGCUCAUCUUGGGCAUGAUUAAUCGCGAUCCCGGCAUGAUGACAGCUUUGUGCAAAUACCUGGCGGCAUACUCGACGACUAAUCUGGAGCGCACACAUCCUCUUCGGCAAAUCUUCACCUGUUUGUAUGAGGUGCAGCAAAAACAUGGAGCCCAAACACUGUCUGAACUCUUGUGGACCAGCAUUUCCACGAUUGCGGAGGAACUUGAAGCCAUCUAUGGACGCAAGCAUCCGUAUGUGGCUCGGACAUGGGCCGAUCUCGCACUGUUUUAUAACCAGGUGAACCCUGAGAGGUUGGAAAAAUUGGUUGUUGAGCUCCGCGUCCUGCAGAGGCAGCUCGAGCAGCGCCAUGGCCAUUCCAGCGUCGAAGUGGUGUCCAUUCGAUAUGCUAUACUGCUCUUGGUGUAUGCGGCGUCUCCCCAGUCAGAUGCCGCGAAGCAAGCUGCAAACGAUUAUUGGAACAUGUUGCGAAAUAUGGGAACCAUGCAUCUCAUGCGCGACUCCCGCCCGAAUAGCUAUUGUUAUCACAGCCCUCUUAAAGUUGACCCAUGGACAAAGAGAUGUCGAAGGCGGUACGACUCGCUCGUCACCAUCUUGGAAGAGCAUGUGGGAGUGAGAAUUCACCCUUAUUUCGAGGAAGACUUCCACACGACUGAGCACGCCCAAGAACCACAGAAUUCAUGGGCCGCCGCUAUGCAAAUGGGCACGUCGAGCAGAUCAUGGGGCUUCAUUUAG